UCAAUCUGUACCACAAGAACCUACCAAAAAAUGAGACCCUCCAUCAGGUGAAGUUCCUGCACACAACUGUGUCUCGGAGAGGUCUGGAGGAGUUUUUUGAUGAUCCAGGAAACUGGGGGGAAAAAAGUGUAAAGUCUGGGGAUUCAUGGAAUAUAAAGCAGCUAAGGGGCAAGAGUAGUGAAGACUUGCACAAACUUUGGUAUGUCCUGCUGAAAGAAAGGAACAUGCUCUUAACUCUAGAGCAGGAAUCCAAACGACAGCGCAAGCCCAUGCCAAGCCCAGAGCGCUUAGAAAAGGUAGAAACAUCUAUGAAAAAUAUAGAUUUGGUUGUCAGAGAAAGAGAAAUUGCUUUGAGGCUUUUACAGACGGGCCAUGAAAAGCCAGUCCCUGGCGAGUGGAGACACGACUUCCUGGGACGCACCUUCUGGUACAGUUACAAGGAAUGGCCAAUACCAUGGCACUUGAACAAAAAACACAAAAAGAAGAGAUUCUAUUACUUACCUCAUGUGAAUCACUUCAUCAGACUCAGACUUGAAAAAGCCUUACGGAAAAGGGCAAGGCAGCAAAGCCUGGAGAGGACGAGGAGGAAGGUCCUGGAAAGGAAGUUCCCUGAUGUUGCUGUGAAAUCCCAGAGCCAGUAGCAGGCUGCAAGAGCACUGCAAGCAACUGGUCAAGUGUCUGUGGAACAUGAAUCAUGUUCUGGAACCACAAACAACUCCACUGAGCAUUCCAGAGAGUCUCCAUCUUUUUUUUUUUGUUUUUAAUACAACAUUUGACUUUAAUUAAACUUGUGAUCUGGAAUUAAAAAGCAGCUUUGGUAUCUAAC